AUGGGCCAGGACCACUCCGUCAUCGACGAGGACACCCCUCCCAAAACCUUGUCGUCUCGCUCCCUGGCCUCGGUGGCAGAAUACAUCCUCUCCGGCCGGGCAAAGCGCAUAGUCGUCAUGACGGGCGCGGGCAUCUCCACCGCCGCCGGGAUCCCCGAUUUCCGCUCCCCCGACACGGGUCUCUACGCGAACCUUGCCUCGCUCGACCUGCCUGAGCCGGAGGCGGUGUUUGAUCUGGGGUUUUUCAAGGUUAACCCUAGGCCGUUUUAUGUCUUGGCCAAGGAGCUGCUGCUCGCGGAGAAGGGGCUGUUGCAUCAGUUGUUUACUCAGAAUAUUGACUGUUUGGAGAGGGAGGCGGGGAUUCCGGCGGAGAAGAUUAUUGAGGCGCAUGGGAGUUUUGCGAGUCAGAGGUGUAUUGAGUGCAAGACUGAGUUUGAUGCUGGCAAGAUGAGGGAGUUUGUUUCACAGGGGGAGGUGCCGAGGUGUGAGGAUGGGGGGUGUAAGGGGUUGGUGAAGCCGGAUAUUGUCUUUUUUGGGGAGCAGCUUCCAAAGGCGUUUUUUGACAGGAGGGACAUGGCGGAGGAGGCGGAUUUGGUGCUGGUUAUGGGGACUAGUUUGCAGGUUCAUCCUUUUGCGGGCUUGGUGGAUUUGGCGGCGGAGAGGGUGCCGAGGGUGUUGUUUAAUCUGGAGAGGGUGGGGAGUAUGGGGUGUCAGGCAGAUGAUGUGUUGGCUUUGGGUGAUUGUGAUGAGGGGGUGAGGAGGUUGGCGGAUGAGCUCGGGUGGAGGGAGGAACUGGAGGAGAAGUGGAGGGGGUUGGUUGGGGAGGGGGAGGCGGAGAGGCAGCUGCAGGGGGCAAAGAAACGGGUUGAGGCUUUGCAUGAUGAGGUCGCCAAGUUGGCGGAGGAGGUGGAUGAGGUGUUGCAUUUGGGGGAGAAGAAGGAGAAGGAAAAGGAAGGCAGUCAUGUGGAGGCUUUGAAUCCUGAGAACAAGCCGGAUGGUGAGGGAAAGGUGGUUAAUGAGGUUGAUCCUGUGGCCGAGGAUGCAGCGGCAAUCAAGAGCUCGGUGAAGAACACUGAUAUCACGAAGACGGUGGAAGUCUCGGUGGAAACGACGAACGCUUUGAAGCCAGUGGACAUGCCGGACGGGGAGGGUAGGAUAGUUAGUGAGCAGAAGGCGGGCGGCCAGCAACCGGGGGACACUAAGAGCUCUGCUUAG